CGCGGGCUGAGCCGAGCGCAGUGGCCGCCGACCACCGAGCGCCCCGCGCGGCUCCCUGCAUGUGCGGCCCGCGGCGGCUCGCAGCCCCCGGCAGCAGCCUCGGCAGCUUCGGCCGCGCCUCGAGAGGCGGCUGCAGCGGCUCCAGCGGCGGCCGAGCGGCCGAGCCCGGGCUGGGAGACACGAUGCGCCGCGUCCUCCGGCUGCUCCUCGGCUGCUUCCUCACCGAGCUGUGCGCCCGCGUGUGCCGGGCGCAGGAGCGAGCGGGGCACGGGCAGCUGGCGCAGCUGGGCGGCGUGGUGGUGCUGGCGGGGGGCAACCGCUCCGGGGCCGCCUCCGGAGAGGUUGGCGAGGGCGUGGGGGUCUCGGACGCACCCCCGACCCGGGCGCCCACGCCGGACUUCUGCCGGGGCUACUUCGAUGUCAUGGGCCAGUGGGACCCGCCGUUCAACUGCAGCUCGGGCGACUUCAUCUUCUGCUGCGGGACUUGUGGCUUCCGGUUCUGCUGCACGUUUAAGAAGCGACGACUGAACCAAAGCACCUGCACCAACUACGACACUCCGCUCUGGCUCAACACCGGCAAGCCCCCCGCGCGCAAGGACGACCCCCUACACGACCCCACCAAGGACAAGACCAACCUGAUCGUUUACAUCAUCUGCGGGGUGGUGGCCGUCAUGGUGCUUGUGGGCAUCUUCACCAAGCUGGGGCUGGAGAAGGCGCACCGGCCCCAAAGGGAGCACAUGUCCAGGGCCCUUGCAGAUGUCAUGAGGCCACAGGGCCACUGCAACACCGACCACAUGGAGAGAGACCUCAACAUCGUGGUCCACGUACAGCAUUAUGAGAACAUGGACACCAGAACCCCCAUAAAUAAUCUUCACACCGCCCAGGCGAACAACGCAGUGCCCACCUCCCCUUCGCUCCAGCAGUUGGGCCAUCCACAUUCCUACCCGAGCCUGGGCCAGAUCUCCAACCCCUACGAACAGCAGCCGCCCGGCAAAGAGCUCAACAAGUACGCCUCCUUGAAGGCGGUCGGUAAGGGCUGUUCUGUUUCUCCUCUCUCCCCAGAACUUCUCUGUUCCUUCUAAGCUUCCUUGCCUCCUUUUCUACUCCUUUUUCUAUCUUUCUGGUCUCUCUCAUCUGUCUGUCUGUCUAUCUAUCUAUCCACCCAUCAUCUAUCUGUCUACCUCUCAAAAUUUCUCUCUCUGUCUCUCAUAUAAUCUGGGCCUCUC